AAAUCUACAACUUCUUGGUUGGUGAAAGGAUUGUUUUCUGUAAAUAAACCAACUUUCCAGUUUGCAAAUAAACACAGUGCGGCGGAAGUUUAUUAUUGUCAUUUAUUCAAGGCGUACUUCGGUCUCUCUCCUCGUGUCAGCCAUUUUCUCAAAAUGAGUAAUCUAAGGCUGCAGAAGCGCUUAGCAUCCAGUGUGCUAAGCUGUGGCAAGAACAAGGUCUGGUUGGAUCCCAACGAGAUCAACGAGAUUGCUAAUGCAAACUCACGUCAGAAUAUCCGCAAGCUUGUCAAAGAUGGUCUGAUCAUUCGGAAACCAGUGGCUGUCCAUUCCAGGGCCCGCGUCCGCAAGAACAACUUGGCCCGGCGCAAAGGCCGACACAGCGGCACAGGUAAGAGGAAGGGUACGGCUAAUGCCCGUAUGCCACAGAAGGUCAUCUGGAUCCGAAGGAUGCGUGUGCUUAGACGACUUCUCAAGAAGUACCGGGAAGCAAAGAAGAUUGACCGCCAUCUUUACCACAAUCUGUACAUGAAGGCUAAGGGCAACGUCUUCAAGAACAAGCGUGUCCUGAUGGAGUUCAUCCACAAGAAGAAGGCCGAGAAGACACGCACCAAGCUCCUACAAGACCAAGCUGAGGCCCGUCGGCAGAAGACGAAGGAAGCACGCAAGCGUCGCGAGGAACGCCAGGCUGCCAAGCGCUCAGAGAUGCUCAAGGCCUACAUUAAGGAAGACGAGGAACAAACGGGAAAGAAGUAAACAUGAAAUGGCUGCAGUAAAGGAGAAUGAAACACCAAACAGUUGCAGACAAGCACCGAGAAUCUCAUUCAGGGUUUGAGUCAUCAAAACCUCUGAUUAAAAUAACAGGAAAACUGGACGUGUCUAGAGAGAGAAUACUACAGCCUUACAGUCAGAUGGUUUCCAGUUGAAGCAGAAUUUAUAAAUGUUGGGUCUAUUGAAAUAUAAGUGAUGCUAAAGUUUCCUAGACUAAAUGCACUAUGCAAGAGGGCAAUUCAAGAGUAGCAGCUGCCUUGGUCUUGGUCUAGCAAGAAACCUUUCAUGGCCUUAGGAUCCCCAUUUCUCGGCACGCUAACCAUCAAGUUGUCAAUGGACUUCCCCAAAACAGGCUCGGAUAACAUUUGUUGAAUUGCUUCAUCUGAAACUGAGACGAUUUUGAAGGAUUGUUGACACACAAAGGCAAAUUGUAUUAUUUGAUUUAUGCUAAAUAAAGAUUUUCUUUCUAGAUCCGACCAA